UACAAAUGUCGCUGUUCGCGGGAGUAAAGACUGAGAUUGAUGUUAAAGCCUCGAUAAAGGACCAAAGUGGAAAGACAAUAAAGGUUGAUCUGAGAGAAGAUGAAGAGUCAAAGGAGAAGUUUGGUCAGAUUAUAGACUUGCUGCUUGCUGCUGGUUACUUCCGAGCCAGGAUAUCAACACUGCCCCCUUUUGACAAGGUAGUGGGAGGACUAGUGUGGUGUAUCAGUACUUGUAAUGUGGACCUAGAUGUGGACCUCCUCUACCAAGAAAACUCUACUAUUGGACAGAAAAUAUCUCUUACUGAAAAGAUCGUUGCUGUGUUACCUCGAAUGAAGUGUCCCCACGAACUGCAACCUCAUCAGAUCCAGGGGUUGGACUGUAUCAAGAUAUUCCCUGUAGUCCAGUGGCUGGUUAAGAAGGCUAUGGAGAGGAGGGAGGAAAUGGCUCAGUAUAUCAGGUCGUUUAGCGAGAUGCAGUUCACAAAGGAGUACACCCUUCCCUCUGAGAAGGAUAAACAACAGCGGGUAGAACAAGCUCUGAUAGCUUUAGAGAGAUUUGUGGAGACUCACAGACCUAACCGGAUUUAUAAGAAACCCAACAAUGCUAAGAAACUGAAUAUCAAGCAACAAACACAGUCCACGCUGCUAGAGUACGGUAAUCUGGCCAGUUUGUUGGAAUACACUGCAGCUGAUGACAUCGACGAAACUGAAUCUAAAGGAACGGCGGAAGAGAAGGAGAAGAGGCGGGAGAAGGAGUACCAGAGAAAGCAAUUGUUAUUAUAUGUAAAAUCCUCCAGGAACGGCGGAAGAGAAGGAGAAGAGGCGGGAGAAGGAGUACCAGAGAAAGCAAUUGUUAUUAUAUGUAAAAUCCUCCUGGAACCGCGGAAGAGAAGGAGAAGAGGCGGGAGAAGGAGUACCAGAGAAAGCAGGUGGAUGAGAGUAACAUAA